CCCGCAACGAUUUCUCCGUCAUUUAUCCGUCUCUGGCCUGUUCAGAAAAUACAGACCACCUGACAAUCCUGCUUGUAUCUUGCUUGACAAGCUUGAACGAUGACUACGAAAUUCAACGCCCUUGUCGAAGACAUCCCCCCUCAUUGCAGACUACUCUUCAAGCCAAUUGCUGACGCCACCAGCGAUGGCUGUCACAUGGACGUUUGGCUGCCAAAGAACGAGGGUACCACUGUCCCACUCGCGAUCAUUAUACACGGUGGGGCUUUCACUCAUGGAUCUACCAAAGAUAUCGGCUUUCACCAGGUUAAGUGGCUGGGUGAACAAGGCGUUGCUGUCGUGUCUUUAGAAUAUCGAAUGCUCCCACAAGUCACUCUGAGAGAGAUUCGAAGCGAUCUCUUCGACGCAUACGUGUUUAUACAGCGACACCUCAACCAAGAAAUAGAGAAAGCGCGACCAGCAUCGCCGGUCGUAGACACCACACGAUGCCUGGUGACAGGCGGCAGUGCAGGAGGCUCUGCUACCUUGUGGCUGUGCGCCGAUGUCGCCAGAUAUAACGAGACCGCGUCUCAGCCCUUGCCUGCUAUCAAAGCGGCACUUCCUGCCUACUGCGCAAUAACUCCGGAUGCCUUGAAAGCGGCUCCUCGAGAAGCGAUUUACUCGGUCAAGGAGCAGUUUGGGCCGGAACGAUUUGCACUCGUUGAGAAGCUAUUCAACGAGAAGGUAUGCUGCGCCGAUCCGUAUCGAUUCAAUGUCAUGGACAAGAAUCCGCCGAUGAAACCGAGAAACCAAUGGGUGGUUGCAGGGAUGAUCACAGGCACUAUACCCUCUUUCCUCCACGGCCGAGAUCCACCCUUCCCUCCGGAAGAUGAGAUUCUCAACAACAUCACGAAGGACUUCCCACCGACCCUGAUGUACGUGGCGCUGGAGGAUGAUCUGAUACCUCCGGAGGGGCAGAAAGAAGCCUUGGAAAGCAAGCUGGGACAAUUUGGCAUAGAGUGUCGUGUGGUCAUGGUCCAAGCGCCUCAUGGCUUCAUAGAUCUUCCCGCAAGAUAUUUCCCCGAGCGUGCUCAGGGCUGGUGGGAUGAGACGGUUCAGCCAGCUUUGGAAUGGGCGCUGGAGAAAAUUGGGGUCUAAGCGGGGAAAUGCAUGCUUGGCA